GAAUCGUGGAGCGGGGAAUAGAGAUUAGAAGACUAUCUUUCUAUGUUAAAAUGUAUCACUAAAAGUAAAAAGUUCUUUGUUGUACAGUUGUACCUGAAUAUCGUUUUUACGUCCGCUUUUUAAGAGGAAAUUUUUGGAAUGAUUGAAACGUGUAAUAAUGGUGGCAAAUUAAACCUUCAAAGUCUCCGAAAACACGCACACAAAUGUGGGAAAAUGAAGAAAAUCACGGGAACUGACUUUUUCGUUGAUAAAGGGCUAUUGCAGUUUUAAUACAUUUCCAACAUACUAACAAACCUUUGCUAUAAAAGACUCGAUGGCGAGUUUUUCUUCCCUUUGUCAAUUCAAAACAUGAAUAAAAAAAUGGAAAUCAUCAACAACAAAAAGGUCAAAUCCCAAAAAUAUUACCUACUAAUUUAUUAAUCUGUGAUCCGAAUUCCGAAAUCUCUAAUUAAUCCAAAGAGUAAAGGAAAAUUAGUCUCUGACCUUCAAAAUAGCACAUUUAAAAUGUUUACAAACAAAAAUUGUUUUCAGUAUACAUAGUAUUUAAAAACAGAAUAGAGUCUAAAUAAAACUGUUAUUUUACUCUAACUCAUCAUUAAGUAUCAAUACGUGUUCAGUCGCCUAAUUUACAAGUAUAAAUUUCUAAGUUAGAAAUUCAAACUAGGCUUGGGGUAGUGUUCCUGGUUUCCAUGAGUCUGUUAAAAUUUAAAACAAAAUGACUUUCGGAAAUUUAAGAACUUUGAACAGAUUUUAUUCAGCAAAUAAUUACACAAAAAUUCCUCGAGUAUGUAUUGUUGGAGCUGGUCCUGCAGGCUUUUAUGCCGCCAUGCAUCUUACGAAAAACAUACAAUGCAAGAUUGAUUUAAUAGAAAAACUUCCGGUACCCUUCGGAUUAAUAAGAUAUGGUGUAGCUCCAGAUCACCCUGAAGUAAAAAAUGUGAUAAAUCAAUUUACCAAAGUGGCUCAACGACCAGAGGUCAAUUUUUAUGGAAAUGUUACUCUAGGAAAAGAUAUCACUUUAAAUCAACUAAGACAGCAUUAUGAUGCAGUAUUAUUGACAUAUGGUGCUGAAAAAGAUAAGACUCUUGGUAUAGAAAACGAAAACGCCAAGAAUGUUAUUGGAGCCAGACAUUUUGUUGGAUGGUAUAAUGGGCUACCUAGUAAUAAAGACCUGGAGAUUGAUCUAUCUUGUGACACGGCUGCUAUUCUUGGUCAAGGCAAUGUAGCUCUAGAUGUUGCAAGAAUACUUUUAAGUCCUAUUGAUGAACUUAGAAAAACUGAUAUUACAGAACAUGCAUUAAAUAUUCUAGCAGGAUCAAAAAUCAAACAGUUGUAUUUGAUUGGUCGAAGAGGUCCACUUCAAGUGGCAUUCACUAUUAAAGAACUUAGAGAACAAUUGAAAUUAAGAGAUUGUAAGACUGUAUGGAGGCCAGAAGAUUUUCAAAAUGUCAUCAAUGAAGUUCCUAAUUUACCACGCCCUAGAAAAAGAAUAACUGAACUCAUGCUGAAGUCUUUGAACGAAAAUGAAACAUGUAGCAUCUCUAAUAAUACAAAAAUGUUUAAGCCAAUUUUUUUCAGAAGCCCAAAAAAAUUCAUAAUUAACGAUAAAAAUAAUGUAACGGGUAUAGAGUUGACUUGUAAUAAACUUGAAGGUGAAAAUUGGGAGAGUCAAAAGUGUAUUCCGACUGAUGAAAUUGAAGUGGUGAAUUGUGGUUUAGUUUUCAGAAGUAUCGGAUACAAAAGUAUCAAAGCAGAUGAAGAUGUGCCAUUUAGUAAUGGGCUAGUUUUAAAUGAAAGAGGUUGUGUUAUUGACGAAGCUAAUGAGCUAGGAAAACUGUACGUAGCAGGAUGGCUCGGUACUGGACCAGUGGGUGUUAUUUUGCACACCAUGGGAAAUGCAUUUCAAGUAGCAAAAACGAUUUGUGAUGAUCUGAAAAACAAAGCUGAUUAUAGUAAAAGUGGCUUUGCUGAAUUCAAAGAUAUAGUAAAAGACAAGACUGAUAUAGUUGAUUGGGAGGGUUGGCAGAAGAUAGAUAAGUUUGAAAUUGAAGAAGGUAAAAAACGUGGAAAACCACGAGAAAAGAUUUGUAGUGUAGAAAAAAUUAUAGAAAUAGCUAAAUCAGAAUUUAACAUUGUUAAGGAUAAUAGUUAACACAAGGAGAAUGAAAUGAAGAAUAUAAUUUUAUGGAUGUCUAUGGUUGUAUUGGAAUGUUUAUUAGACAUAAAAAUUAAGAAUAAGAGAAUGGUUUGUGGAUGUACAUUGUUACAUUAACUUUAUAUAUUGUUUUUGUUACAUAUUUUUAUUUUAAAAUAUUUCAUAUUCUACAUUAAAUAAAUGAAAAAUGUUAAUUUGUAAAAAA